AUGUCGUUAAAAAGAAAUCAUAAUGAAGAAGAUUUACCGUAUGAUCCGGAUGAUGAUGAUGAUGAUGAUUCAGAUGAUGAACAUGUACCUCUAUCAAAAAAACAAAAGAAAUCCAAAGCACUAUCGCUUCGUGUUCAAUUGAAUGUAUUGACAAUACCAAUAUUAAAAAAUAUUCUACGAUUGAAUCAUCAAAAUCCAUUUGGAAAUAAAGGUGAACUUAUUUCUCGUAUUAUUUAUUUAGUUCGAAACGGUGGUUAUCCAUCUUGUCCCAAAUGUAAAUCUGGUCGACUAAAAAUACGUUUACAUCGUCGGAAAAAUCAAUCAAAAUUUUAUUGUCCAGGCUUUCCAAUGGGUUUUCGUGCAGGAGAUUCAUUCUAUCAAUGUGAUUAUGUAACAGAUACAUGUAAUAAACAACCUUUUAUUUUACCUUCGAAUUUAAAUUUAAUUAUAGAAUUCAAUUCAAUUUUCAAAUAA